AUGUACAACAAUUACUUUGACGGAGUGUUGCCUCAAUCUUUUGCCAACUGCAAGCAGUUAAAAGUUCUUGAUAUAGGAAACAACAAAAUAAGUGGUACAUUUCCCUCAUGGCUAUUUACUCUUGCAGAGCUAGAACUCCUUGUCUUGCGGUCCAAUAGACUUUAUGGUACAGUAAGUUUAAGAAGCACAACAGAUCCCUUUCCCAAGUUGCGCAUCAUGGAUCUCUCAAACAAUGACUUCACAGGCUAUUUGCCAAUUCAAUAUUUCAAAAAUAUGAAGCCGGUUGAUAAGGGGUAUGAUUAUCACAAUUUCACAGCACCAUUUUAUUACUACUAUCAAGCAUCUAUCUCGUUAACUGUGAAAGGGACCGAGUACCAAGUGAGUAAAAUUCUUCAUAUUUACACAGCCGUUGAUCUGUCAUGCAAUAAAUUUCAAGGAGAAGUCCCAAAGGUCAUUGGAGAACUUAAAGGGCUGGCAUUGCUCAAUUUAUCUCAUAAUAGUCUUACUGGACCUAUCCCAUCACAGCUCGGAAAUAUGAAAGCACUCCAAUCUCUGGAUUUGUCUUCAAAUCAAUUCACAGGGGCUAUCCCAUACCCGUUAAUUGGUUUGACAUUUCUAGAGGUCCUGAACCUCUCAUAUAACCAUCUCACCGGAGAAAUUCCCCAAAAAGGACAACUGAGCACGUUCAGUAAUGAUUCUUACCUAGGUAAUCUUGCCUUGUGUGGAUCUCCUUUAACAGAGAAAUGUGCACACGAAGAGUCACCACCACAAGAAGUCGGAUAUGAUGAAGAUGGUGCAGAUAAUAAAUUCCAAUGGAAAGUAGUCCUAAUGGGAUAUGUUAUUGGAUUAGUAUGUGGAUUGUCUUCAGGGUACAUUUUUCUCACAACUGGAAAGCCUUGGUGGUUUUUGAGAUACAUCGAACAACUGCAUAGCAAAAGUUGA